AUGUCUACACCCAAAAGCCACUUCGGCCCAUCUCCAGACUUUUUAUCAAACCAUCGAUCUGCGAACCCAGCCAGCCGCACGAUCUUGGUGACCGGAGCGACGGCCGGCAUCGGCUUAGCUAUAACGCGUCACCUGCUCUCCUUGAGCGCGCAGCACCUGCUGAUCCUGACGGGACGCAAGAAGGAUGUCCUCGAGGACUUUGCAGGCAAGAAUCCAGACCGUGUCAUCACCAGCCCGGGAGACAUGUCGGACCUUGGCUACGUCAAGUCCAUCCUGGCCGGCAUCGACCUGGACGGGCGUCUAGACGGCCUCAUUCUGAACCACGGCACGUUCGGCUCUUCCUUGAGAAUCAAGGAUAUCUCGGCCGAAGACUGGGAGAGUACCUUUCGAAUCAACGUUUCCAGUUGCGUGGAAUUGAUCAAAGACGCACUGCCCCUUCUCCGACCUGCCAAGGGUCGAGUUGUCUUUACAUCCUCGGGCGCCGCUUCAAAUGCGUAUGCGUCCUGGGGUGCUUACGGCGCGUCUAAGGCGGCCAUCAACCAUCUCACCAUGACGCUCCGGACCGAAGAGCCUGAAGUCACGACGGUAUCGAUACGGCCUGGAGUAGUGGAUACUGCUAUGCAGGUUGACAUCCGGGAGAAGUUUCUCAAGAACAUGGACGAGAAGGACCAGAAGAAAUUUAGUACUGCGAAGAAAGAUGGCAUCCUGUUGCCACCUGAGAAACCCGGGCGAGUGAUUGCGGAACUGGCAGUCCGAGCGGAGAAGGACUUGUCAGGACAAUUCUUGAGGUGA